AUGUACGCACUCUGUAAGAAGUCAAAGUCGAGUAUGAGUUCUGUAUUUCCACGUAUGCGUAAUUGGUGUGAAAGGAAGAAGAAGGGUCCUCGUGUUGCAACUACGGCGUCGCUUCAUUCGCGGACAUUUGUCUCGGAUUCAGCUUGGAUCUCAACUCGUGUACGGGUCUUCAAGAGUUCAAGACGUGCUCAUUUGAUCUCUCUUAUUUGUUCUCUACAUACAACUGCCGAUAAAAAUGUCUCACUUUCCUGUGCAGCCUUAUAUUCCCGAGGGAAAAUUGCGAAAUUGAAUUUAAGUGUUUCGAGAUGUCACCCGGUGCAAGAUCGCUUGAAUAAUUGCUCCCAGGAGGAGUGA